CUUUUUAUUUUACAGGAAGAAGAAGCAGAUGUUAGAAAGAUCAGCAAGUUAUGUGAAUAUGCUUCUAAAAACCCACUGCGCAUUCCAAAGAUCACAAGUUAUCUGGAGCAAAGGUUUUACAAGGAAUUGAGAACUGAGCAAUUUGGCUAUGCAAAAGUUGUCAUGAGCAUCUACCGCAAAUUAUUAGUUUCUUGCAGAGAGCAAAUGCCAUUAUUUGCAAGUAGCUUAUUGAGCAUCACACAAAUUCUUUUGGAUCAAACAAGACAGGAUGGAAUUCGCAUUAUAGGAUGCCAUACACUUUUUGAUUUUGUAAAUUGUCAGAUUGAUGGCACUUAUCAAUUCAACUUGGAAGCCUUGAUUCCGAAACUCUGUCAACUAUCUCAAGAGAUUGGGGAGGAUGAGCAGUCACAUCAUUUACGUGCAGCAGGCCUGCAAGCUCUUUCUUCUAUGAUUUGGUUCAUGGGGGAGUAUUCUCAUAUAUCAACAGAAUUUGACAAUGUAAGACCCAUUCUUGUAAAUGACAAAGGAGAACUGAAUUUGACCACGGAUGAAGCCAAGAGUUCCCAUUUUUGGUCCAGGGUUUGUGUACAUAAUACGGCCAAUCUAGCCAAGGAGGCUACAACUGUAAGGCGGGUUUUGGAGUCCCUUUUUCGCUAUUUUGAUAAUAACAAUUCAUGGUCACCUAAACAAGGGCUUGCUCUUUGUGUCUUAUUGGACAUGCAAUUAUUAAUGGAGCAGUCUGGGCAGAAUACACAUUUGUUAACCUCCAUAUUGGUCAAACAUCUUGAUCACAAAGCUGUUGUAAAACAGCCCGACAUGCAGCUAGAUAUUGUCAAAGUUACCACCAAUCUUUCCAAGCAAUCAAAAGUGCAGAUUUCACCAUCAAUAAUUGGUGCCAUGACUGAUCUUGUUAAGCAUUUGCGGAGAACCAUGCAAAGCUCGUGCAAUGAUAAAGACCCAGGGGAUGGAUUGAUCAGUAAAUUCAGAAUAGCAGUAGAUGAGUGCCUCGUUCAGUUAUCUAAAAAGGUUGGUGAUGGGGGACCAGUACUUGAUAUGAUGGCUGUGAUGUUGGAGAAUAUUUCUUACACAGUGUCAGCCGCUAGGGCAACAGUUGCUGCAGUUUACCGGACUGCCCAGAUAAUGGCAUCAGUACCAAACUUGUCUUAUCAAAAUAAGGCUUUUCCUGAAUCACUCUUUCAUCAUCUGCUUGUAGCAAUGGUCCAUCCAGAUCAUGAAACACGUUUAGGGGCACACCGUAUAUUCUCUGUUGUUCUUGUUCCUUCUUCUGUAUCUCCUCAUCUCUCUGAUGCUCCAGAAUUAGCCAAGUAUGAUCUUCAAAGAACACUCUCAAGGACCACAUCAGUCUUCUCAUCUUCAGCUGCUCUUUUCCAAAAGUUAAAGAGGGAUAAGUCCUCUUUUAGAGAAGCCUCCCAAGGUCAAGAUGGACAACUAAAGAGCAGCAAUGAUCCCAAACUUCCCAGAUUGCAAUCUUCCAAAAGUCGAUUUUUUAGUAUUAAAAGGCUACAGUCAUCUAAAAGUCGAAUGUAUAGCAUGAAAGGCCCUCAAUUACCGCCAACUGCAGAACAAAAUUUGUCUGAGAACGAAGAAGUGGACUUUGUUCCCCUCAGAUUAAGUGGCCGGCAGAUUUCGCUGCUGCUUUCAUCUAUAUGGGUACAGGCCAUGUCACCUGAAAAUAUUCCUCAAAACUAUGAAGCUAUUGCUCACACAUAUGGGUUGUUAUUGUUAUUUUCUCGAACUAAGGUAAAUAUGAAUUAUUUCUAAGCCUCGUAAAUUUCUUCUUUUUCAACUUAUUUCUGCUUGCAUUUUUGCUUUUUCUAGUAAACUGUUCUCAAUUGCAUUGCAGUCAAAGCUUAAUUUUAGUUAUACGGACUUCUUUGCUUUAACAUUGAAGUAAUAACUUUGUAAUUCAUAGUUCGCCUGGAACGUGGUGACAUUCUGUGCCAUAUGAGUACAACGCCGCAAGUGAAUAGCACAUUACAUGAUUCUGUAUUGUUUAUGAUACUACCAACUUAUAUUCUUUCACAGCUCUAUACUGCACUUCUACUUUGAAAACAUGCAAGUUGAUUUUGACUGAUCAGUCACUGACACAAUCUAUCCCGGUGUAGUUUAAACAUAAAAGUUUUUGAAAGUUUUAUACUUCGAAAUGAGAAAAAUAGACAAGUUGAGCGCAUAUUUUAUUGUAGCUUUUAUCAAGUUGAAUUAAUGUCUUAGUGUUGGAGUGCCUGAUCU